AUGUCUGGAGGCGGCGACAGCGUCGGCGGCUAUGGGGGCCUCUACCACGGGCACGACGAUCCAGCUGACCAGCUCAUCACAGCCUUGGACCACGACGGCGGCGGCUUCUUCUUGCAGGACACGGUCUCGCCGUGCGCCGGGGGCGGCUCGACGCCGUACGCGAGCAUCGCGGACUACCUGAAGGGAUUCCUCGACCCUGCGGGCCUGGCCGCGCACUUCGGCAGCGACGACGCGCCGCCGCCGUGCCGAUUGGGCGGCGGCGCCGACGACGGUGUGGUGGUCAAGCAAGAAAUGGUUGUCCAGCUGAGCGGCGGUAGCCGCCGUGACGACGACGUCGACGGUCAGCUGGCCGGCGCGGCGCUCGUCGCGCCGGCCAAUUCGUCGGUGCUGUCGUCGUCCAGCUGCGAGGCGGGAGCUGGUGCCGACGACGACGAGGAGGAGCCGCCGCGCCGGCGGUGCGGCAAGAAAGGUAGGAUCGAGGGAGAGGAGGAGCAGGAGGAGGAAGAAGGAGAAGCUGAUGAUGAUGCAGCCGAUCGGAACUGCAAGAUCAGGAGCAACAAAGAGAAUGGUAAUAAUAAGAAGACGAGAGGUGAGAAUAAGGCGCGGGAGCCCCGUGUGGCGUUCAUGACCAAGAGCGAGGUCGACCAUCUCGAGGACGGCUACCGCUGGCGCAAGUACGGCCAGAAGGCCGUCAAGAAUAGCACAUACCCAAGGAGCUACUACCGGUGCACUGCGGCGCUGUGCGGGGUGAAGAAGCGGGUGGAGCGGUCGCAGCAGGACCCCUCCACGGUGAUCACCACGUACGAGGGGCAGCACACGCACCCGAGCCCCGUCGGCCUCUUCAGGGGCGGCGCCCUCAUGCUCUCCGCCGUUGCCGGCGGCUUCCGCCGCCCCGACCUGCUCACGAUCGACGACUACUACGCUGGCACGCCGCCGAGCAGCUUUCUGCCGCUUCUUACUCCCGGGGGCAUCGGUGGUGGUGGUGGUGGCCUGCUGCACCCCUCGAUAUGA